GCCCCCCAACACCCCAAUAACGGGCUUGUGCUGGGCUUGGAUCCCAUCUGUGAUCCCAAAGGACCCACCUGCACCCCCUCACCCUGGCAGCAUGCGGUCCCUCAGGUCUUCACCUUGGUGACAGCCUUGUCCCCUGGGCCACCGCAGCUCUUCACCUCCUCCCCAGCCCCAGGAGAUGGGGCUGAGCAUCCCUGGGAGACGGGCUGAGCAUCCCCAGCACCCCGGGGGUGCAAGAGCCCCCCCAAGGAGGAGGGUUUAGGGGAAGGCCCCCUGGUGCUGGGGUGGUUGUACCCUGAUCCCAGCCUUGGGGUGCAGCCCUGGGGAAGGGGCAUCUUCCACUCAAGAGCUGAAAGAGGACGGGGAGAUUCUGAGGGAAGGUGAUGGGAGGGAAGGGGGGGUCUGGUCUGUCCGCAGGCACCCGGCUCCCCACCGGCCACGGCUCCGCGCUCGGGGUCGGUCUCUCCUGACCUCCCGGUGAGCGAGGGAUUGCGAGCCAGGGAGGGAUGGGAUCUGCUCGAGCCUCUGCCAAGAGCUGGCUCCGGAUCCGCAGGCAGCUCCGGGCUGCAUUUCCCCUCCGGCGCGAAGCGGAGCCGGGGUGUCCGGGGUUCACUCCUCGCUGACACCGAGCCCCGAGACCCUCACCCGCAGCCGCGGGGAGUCCCAUCUGUGCCCCCCAUCUCCCGCCUCCGCCGACCCCCAGCUCCUCGCCCGGAGGAAGGGUGCGCGUAGCGUGCAUCUCCCAUCCACCGAAAUCUAUGAUCAGCUCGGUGUGUGUCUCCUCCUACCGUGGACGCAAGUCUGGGAACAAACCACCCUCCAAAACAUGCCUGAAGGAAGAGAUGGGCAAAGGGGAAGAGUCGGACAAGAUCACCAUCAAUGUAGGGGGCACCCGGCAUGAGACCUACAAAAGCACCCUACGGACUUUGCCGGGCACCCGCCUGGCCUGGUUGGCCGACCCCGAUGCCCAGAGCAACUUUGACUUUGAUGGGAAAAGCAAUGAGUUCUUCUUCGACCGUCACCCUGGGAUCUUCUCCUACGUGCUCAACUACUACCGCACCGGGAAGCUGCACUGCCCCGCGGACAUCUGCGGACCCCUCUUCGAGGAGGAGCUGACCUACUGGGGCAUCGAUGAGACGGACGUGGAGCCGUGCUGCUGGAUGACCUACCGCCAGCACCGCGAUGCUGAAGAGGCCCUGGACAUCUUCGAGAGUCCUGAGCCUGGUGGAGGGGCUGGUGGAGAGGAGCCUGAAGAGGAAGGGGGUAGGGAGAUGGCCCUGCAACGCCUGGGCAUGGAUGACAGGCCACCAGGCGCGGCGGGGGCUGCCGGAGGGGCUGGCUGCUGUCGGAAUUGGCAGCCCAGGAUGUGGGCGCUCUUUGAGGAUCCCUACUCGUCCAAGGCGGCAAGGGUAGUUGCUUUUGCCUCGCUUUUCUUCAUCCUGGUCUCCAUCACAACCUUCUGCCUGGAGACGCACGAGGCCUUCAACAUCGACGUCAACGUGACGGAGACCCUCGUGGUUGGCAACACCACGACCAUCCUGCUGACGCAUAAAGUGGAGACGGAGCCCAUCCUCACCUACAUCGAAGGGGUCUGUGUCCUGUGGUUCACCCUCGAGUUCCUGGUUCGCAUCAUCUGCUGUCCAGAUAAGCUUCUCUUUGUUAAAAACCUGCUCAACAUCAUUGACUUUGUGGCCAUCUUGCCCUUCUACCUGGAGGUUGGUCUCAGUGGCCUGUCCUCCAAAGCUGCCCGGGACGUACUGGGCUUCCUACGGGUGGUCCGUUUCGUCCGGAUCCUCCGGAUCUUCAAGCUGACACGGCACUUUGUGGGUCUGCGGGUGCUGGGCCACACGCUCCGGGCCAGCACCAAUGAAUUCCUGCUCCUCAUCAUCUUCCUCGCCUUGGGGGUCUUGAUUUUCGCCACUAUGAUCUACUAUGCUGAGCGGAUUGGAGCCAAGACGUCCGACCCACGUGGGAGCGACCACACUCACUUUAAGAACAUCCCCAUUGGGUUCUGGUGGGCUGUGGUGACCAUGACCACCCUGGGCUACGGCGACAUGUACCCCAAGACCUGGUCGGGCAUGGUGGUGGGGGCUCUCUGUGCAUUGGCCGGGGUGCUCACCAUCGCCAUGCCCGUGCCUGUCAUUGUCAAUAACUUUGGGAUGUACUAUUCAUUGGCCAUGGCCAAGCAGAAGCUGCCAAAGAAGAAGAAAAAGCAUAUACCCCGUCCGGCCCCGCUGGACUCCCCGACCUACUGCAAAUCCGAGGAGAACUCCCCCCGGAACAGCACCCAGAGCGACACUUGCCCCUUGGCGGUAGAGGAGGGGGCAACGGAGAGGAAACGGUCAGACUCUAAGCAGAAUGGUGAAGCCAACGUGGUGCUGUCGGAUGAGGAGCAGCCGCUGUCACCCACCGAUGAGGAGAAGCGGCCCAUGCGGCGCUCCAGCACCCGGGAUAAGAACAAGAAAUCCUCCACAUGCUUCCUGCUGGCCACAGGCGACUUCUCCUGUGCGGCGGAUGGAGGCAUCCAGAAAGAUACCUGCCAAGACGUCCUCUCUUCCAGUUACCCCCAGGGUGAGGUGGUCACCUUCUCCUGAGCUCUGGCUGGAUGCAGGCAGCGCCUCGGUGAGGGAUGCCGUCCCUGAGGGAUGCUCUCCCCAAGGGAUGCUUUCUCCGAGGCAGACGGACGCACACCCUGGGGGAUGCUGUCCCCAGGGUGGUGGGAUGCUGUCCGUGAGGCUGAGGGAUGCUUUCCCCAAGGGACGCAUACCCCAAGGCCAAGGGAUGCACUUCCCAAGGCUCUGGGAUGCUCUCUCUGAGGCCAAGUGUUGCUCUUCCUAAGGCUGAGCGAUGCAUUCCCCCAGGGAUGCUCUCCCUAAAGCACAGGGAUGCUCUCCUGGCGGCCAAGGGAUGCAUUCCCCAAGGGUGAUGCUCUCCCCAGCGCUGAGGGAUGCUCUCCCCAAAGGAGAUGCUCUCCUCAAGGCCAAGGGAUGCAUUCCCUGAGGGUGAUGCUCUCCUCAGUGCUGAGGGAUGCAUUCCCCAAGGGAGAUGCUCUCCCCAAGGCCAAGGGAUGCAUUCCCCAAGGGAGAUGCUCUCCCCAAGGCUGAGGGAUGCAUUCCACAAGGAAGAUGCUCUCCCCAAGGUUGAGGGAUGCAUUCCACAAGGAAGAUGCUCUCCCCAAGGCUGAGGGAUGCAUUCCACAAGGAAGAUGCUCUCCCCAAGGCUGAGGGAUGCAUUCCACAAGGAAGAUGCUCUCCCCAAGACUGAGGGAUGCAUUCGCCAAGGGAGAUGCUGUCCCUGAGGCCAAGGGAUGCUCUCCCCAAGGCCGGAACACGCAUGCCCCCAGGAAUGCUCUCCCAGAGGAGCUUUCCUUGCCCACCACAGCAGCCCAAAGCUCCAGCCACCAGCUCUGUGGCCGGGGCAGGGGGUUGGCAGCCGGGUCCCCCCCAAGAGGUGCUGCACAGCCACGGGGCCAGGUCGGGGUGCUGGGGGUGGCCCUGCUCCCCUGCCUGCUGCCAGCCCUGCCACAUACAUGCUGCCCAUGUCCCCAGUGCACCUCGGGCUGCCCCCUGCCCCUCGCCCAUUGCUUUUGGAUGCACCUCACUUCUCCGGCUCCGGAGCCUCAUCGGGACAUCACCAUACACACUCUGACCUCUCCAUUGUCACACAGCUGCUGGGGACCCUUCUCUGGGGUUUCAAAGGCUCCAUUCGAGGUGCCAUGAGUGGGUGGCUGCCCCAUCACCCCCCUCCCAUGGGUGCUCAGCCCAGGGUGCAGACCCCAGAGGACGGGGGGGGAUGAGCGGGUCGGUUGGGGUGCAGGGAUGGGGAUGGGAAGCGAUCGGUGGCUGAGGUGGGGUGAACCCGGCUGGCCUGGAAGGGUCAGUGUCUUUCUAAUGCUGUUACAUAUCUCUGUGAUCAAGGCAAUACUACUCCCGUUUCUGUCUGUCCUGUUCGCAUGCCUCUACCUGUCCAACCGUACUAGAGUUCGAAUAAAGACAUCCGUGAGCUGAGUCAGCUCCUGUACCCCUCC